GGGGGUCCCGGGCGGGGGUCGCGGCUGCCCUGAUUCCCCGGUGCCCCCCCUGCCGGGCCCAGGGGUUGGUCCCCGGCCCGGGCGAGUGGGAGACACCGUCGGGGAAGCGGACCCGCGGGCUUCCCUGCGCGCCUGCCUGCCCUUCCUCCGAGUUUGGCUUGAGGGGCCUCCUGGUUCCGAGGGCUGGGGCCGUCGGGCCGGGAGCUGCAGGUGACCCUGGGCGGUGCUGCCCCCGCGGAAGCCCUUCAGGGGCCGCCUGUGGGGAACCUCGGGUCUGGGGCCCUGUGCGAGCCGUCCAGCGUGGUGGCCGCCAGCCACGGCGUGACACAGGCCGGGACCGCUGCCGUCGUGGUAGAAAGUUCCGUGGGCCGGGCUGCUGGGCGAGAUGGGCCCGCUGCCGUCCCAGCCCCGCCGGGCUCGCUGCCUGCCCUGCCCUUAGCUCCUGGGGGGCCUCCUCCGGGCUCUCGGCUCACUCUCCCCAGCUCCGCUCCCACCAGUGUCCUGUCUCGGGCGCGGUCUCCUUCCCUUUUCGGCAUUUCAUGUUCUGUCACUGCCACUCGUUGGCUUGUGUACUUUCUGUAGUCUCUGCGAGGCAGGGAUUGGGGUGGUUCCUCACUGCACCCCCAGUGUGGGCACAGUCUCAGGGUCAAAGAUGCAGGUGAAGUUUGUUAGCAUUGGAGGGUUUCACCUGUUGAAACAGGGAUUUCACGUGGUUCAACCUCAUCCGUUGUAGGAAUCUAGCACAGGAAAGGUCUGUCCUGUCCGUGUCGGUUCAGGAGCCACGUUGUGACUGCAAAUGGCUGUGGGAGACUGGCAAUCUCAGAAGGCUUUCUAGAGGAGGGGGUGUGUUAGCUGGGUCACCUCCACAUUCCUCUCCUCCUCUGUUGGCCUGGCCGCCCUGACUGUCUAGGCAACCUUCCCUGGGCGCUCUAGAGGACUUGAGGUGGGUGCUGAGGCACAGGCACCCCCUUCCUUCUGCGUGAAGGUUGGCAUCUGAUUCCUGCCCACUGCUCCAGCUGCGUCUUCCACAGCUUGCUUCCUGUGCCCCAACACUGCAGAAGUCCUUGUUUCCUGCACAUCCCGUGUCUUUGUCACCAGUACCAGAGGGUUGAUGCCAGGCUUUCUACUUGGGAUGCUCUUGUACUCCCGACGUCCCUUUGGCAGCCUUCCCGUUCCCCGCCUCCCCUGGGUGGGGCUCACCUGCAAUUACGCCCAUGGCCCGCAGCACCUGGUGCUCACCUUGCCUUUCUGUGUCUCGCUGAGAUGACCUGUGUCUGUGUUUGCCUCCCACACACGGCUGAGAGGCCCAGAGUGUGGGGACCCCCAUCUUGGUCACCUUUGGAUCUUGAGUGCCCAGCCUGGCAUGUAGAGCUCGCUAGACCCCCAGCCGAUUGUGUGAGUGAGCAGACUGGACACGCAUGCCGGCGGAGAGGCCAUGCUCUGUGGGAAGGUGGCAGCCCUGCCCUCCGUGAGAAGAUGUCCUAUGGGUCCAUCGCUGGCAGUGGCGGCCUGGGGAGCCACGGCCCUUUUGGGGGACCCUCCAGACAAGGCUAUCAGCCCCUAGAGUGCGCUAAAUGUUGGACUGAGUAUGGAAUCCACCAUUUCCCCUGCCCAUCGCCAGAGAGCAACCCGCAGGACCCCUGUGUGGGCAAGGACGGGGAAGGUGAUCUGGGGCCGGUGGGCACGCCCGGAGGCCCGAGGGCCAGGAAGCGAGGGCCAGGGGUUGCCACCGAUGGCAGCGGGACGCCGGAGCCCACCUCGCCCACCUCGACCCCCUCCGCCGGCCCAAGGAAGGACUCGGCUGCCGGGGCCCAUGGCAGGAUGGCGGGACCCAGCGCCACUCGGGCCAAGAAGAGGAAGCCCAACUUCUGCCCGCAGGAGACGGAGGUGCUGGUGUCCAAGGUCAGCAAGCACCACCAGCUGCUCUUCGGCACGGGGCUGCUGAAGGCCGAGCCGACCCGCAGGUACCGCGUGUGGAGCCGCAUCCUUCAGGCCGUGAACGCGCUGGGCUACUGCCGCCGCGACGUCGUGGACCUCAAGCACAAGUGGCGGGAUCUGCGCGCCGUCGUGCGGCGCAAGCUGGGUGACCUCCGCAGGGCGGCCCAUGGCCCCGGCUCCGGCAAGCCCCAGGCCCUGGCACUCACGCCCGUGGAGCAGGUGGUGGCCAGAACCUUCUCCUGCCAGGCCCUGUCCUGUGGGGGCUUCGGCCUGGAGCCCCCCAGAGCCACCCAGGUGGAUUCGGGUGACCUCCAGGAGCUGUUCCAGGAGACGUCAGCCAAUGUCUUCCGAAUCAACUCCACCGUGACCUCCUUGGAGCAGAGCCUCCGUUCCCUGGGGACGCCGAGUGACACGCAGGAGCUACGGGAUAGCCUGCACUCGGCGCAGCAGGAGACCAACAGCACAGUGGCCGCCAGCACCAGCGCCGUGAAGCAGAUGACGGAGCUCCUGCGGGGCUGCUCCCGGCAGGAGCGUCUUCAGCUGGACCGCCUGAGAACUCAGCUCUCAGAUGCCAUUCAGCACUAUGGAGUGGUGCAAAAGAAAAUUGCAGAGAAGUCCAGAGCACUGCUUCCCACAGCGCAGAGGGGUGGCAAACAGCAGAGUCCCCGGGCCCCUUUUGCCGAGCUGGCUGACGAUGAGAAGAUCUUUAACGGGGGUGACAGCGUGUGGCAGGGCCAGGAGCAGACCCUGCUUCCUGAGAUCACCGAGGAGGACCUGGAGGCCAUCCGGCUGCGUGAGGAGGCCAUCCUGCAGAUCGAGAGUGACUUGUUGGAUGUGAACCAGAUCAUCAAGGACUUGGCCACUGUGGUGUCAGAGCAAGGAGAUGCUGUCGGGUCCAGCAGCAGCAAGGCCACAUGCCGGCAGAGCUCCAGCCCCAAGCUGGCCAUGGCGGCCCUGCUGCCCGGGCCAGGCUGUGUGCCCUUGCGACCGGGCCCCCACUCCCGCACCAAGACACGCAAGCCGAACUUCAGCCCCCAGGAGACAGAGGUGCUGGUACAGAGGGUGACGCGCCACUACCCGCUGCUGUUUGGGGCGCUGCGGGGCACGCCUGCCCGGAAGCACCGCGUGUGGAACAAGAUCCUGCAGGCCGUGAACGCACUGGGCUACUGCCGGAGGGACCUAGGCGAUCUCAAGCACAAGUGGCGGGACCUGCGCGGAGUGGUGCGCAAGAAACUGGCAGAGUGCCCGCGGGCCCCGGCUGAGGGCAGCCCAGCCCCUGGCCUCAUCCUCACGCCCGUCGAGCGCAUGGUGGCCGAGACCUUCUCAGCCCCGGCCCCCCCAGGCGAGAGCCAGGCCACUGAGCCCCUGCCAAAGAGUAUUGAAGCCAGCCUUGAGGCUGCGUCCUCGCACACAGAGGCAGCCAGCGAGCUCCUGGCUGGAGCCAGCCGGCACCAAGCCCUGACAUGCAGAAGUGGCCCCUGCCGAGCCUGUCCCUCGAAGAGCAGCCAUCCUCGGGUGGGUGCAGGGGGUCUGGGCCAGCACCGGGAGGGCCCUGGGCCAGCAGGCAGCGAGGGCUUCCCAGGAGAGUGCCCGCUCCGUCUUAAAGGCAAGCAGGAGUUGUCCUGGCGGAGGGGACGGUGUGUGCAGAGGCUAAAGGACGGGCCGCCCAGGCAAGUUCAGGACACUGCAGGCCGGAGCGUGGACAGCCGUGUGGGGGCCGUGCCGGUGGGAGCGGGGAGGGGCGCUGGGGACAGAUGGAUGGACGAUGCCCUCAUUCCCUGGGGGCUCUGGGAAGCCAAAGCUGUGCUUGGAAAGGGGACUCUGGCCACCUUAGAGGGGAAGAGAGAGUAGGAGGGGGCAGUGGUGUGGACCACAGCAGGAACGUGGGCAGGGUGAAGAGGUGGAGGUGGGGCAGUGUCCCUUCCCAGUGUCCCUCCCCUGCCUGGAGAGCCCAGAUGGGGCAGGCCACACACAGGAUGGGUGGCCGGCCGGCUGGCCGCAAGAGCCCAGGCCUGCACUCUGCCAGAGUGCAGUGAACGUGCACUGUGAGUGUGAGGGUAGAGGCUGGGCCACUGCUGGCCCCCCGCUUCUCUGUCAGUGGCCAUCAGACUCAGAAGUCAGGAUGUCCAAGGGUGGCCACAUGACACUGGUGAUGCUGCAGCAAGUUAGGAAAUGGGCUGUGCCAGGGUCUCCCUGCAGGGUGGAGGCGGAGGAAGGGCUGGAGGUUGUGUCUGCUGAUGCCAGCUUGGGGCUCUGUCUCAGCUCAUGUCCUGCCACCUUCCAGCAUGUGGAGGGCAGCCCGGCCCUCCACCUGGGACCUCUCUACCAGGCUUGGUCCUUUCAGGCCUCCUGGAGUAGAAAGCGCAGGCUGUGACUGAUAAGCACGGUGCACUUGUCGGAAGCCCAGGGCCAGCCUCUCUGUAAUGAGAACUCUGCGAGCAGGGAUGCCUGCCAGGGGCCCUCACCACCAGAAAGCCUCAUCUCAAGAGGGAAGCAACAAACCAGCAGCGUGGCUCCCUCCAUGGGCACCCAGGGGCCGCCAGGUCAGAAGGAUCGGCAGAUGCCUGGACCUUGGAAGGAAGAUGUGACAGUGAGGAGGAGGAGGAGGAGGAAGAAGAAGAGAAGCAAGAGGAGGAACAAGAGGAAGAGCAGGAGGAGGAGGACCUGGAGGAGGCGCAGGAGGAGGCGCAGGA